AUGAAGCCACAGAAAUUGCUUUUCAAAAUUCUCCUAAUAUCGCGCUUCACCUACGCAAAAGAAAAGAUCAGCCUCCAGUGGGCAAUAUGCGACCCAAGUCCACAAGAUACGCUUGAAAAGCUUGGACACGAUGCAAUUCCCCCCUACAAAGAGAAUCCAAUCACCUACUACGAUGAAAGUCCCCCUAUCCAUAUCAGCUCCGGUUUGAUGUUCCGCACAAAAACAAACAAAGGCCAGCCACUCUCUACAGUCAAAGUCCGCUUUCCCCGGGCGGUUUCUGAUGUUCCGGACUUUGUCGACUGCUCCUGGAACCAAUAUGGUACCAAUCUACCGUCAUUCACCUGCGAAAAGCGCUGCCCUUUAGAUAGUGCAGUAUGGCAAGAGGAGCAGGUGCAGUUCGCAGAAAGAUAUCAGACUGUCGAAUGGAAUGCGUUGCGUCCGUAUGGACCUUAUCAGAAUGGGAAAUGGAAGCUUUGCAUCGAGGAAUACAAGGUUAAGUUUGACGAUGUAGUUGCUGGGGACUUGCAUCUCAUGGAGAUCGAAGUGAAGGUCGUCAGAGAGGACGCUUAUGAUGCGCUCCAAGCAAUCACACGGCAUUUAAAGAAAAAGGACGUUUUGCUUUGUGAGACACAGGAUGGGAAAACUAUGCGGCUAUUUCGUGCCAUGGGGUACUUCGCUGAUGGGAAUGAGGAAUUGUGA